UUAUUUUAGAGCCAUAUAGCACAUAACGUGUUAGACUACUUGUCCAGCUAGUUGUGUUUUCAUCUUGUGUAUUGGAUAUGAAUUGUGAAACAUGAGCAAUGUUCGGUGCUGCGGGAAUUAUAUUGUUUAUUUUGUGUGAUUUAACUGUUAUACUAGCUGUAAACACCAACGAAUGUUGCAGUACUAUACCAGAGUCUGCGAAACGUUGCCGAGAGAUAUGUCAUCAGCUGUCUUUGUCCGGGAAGCAGGUUGAACAGAUCUCUCUGCUAGCCUCGGCCCCAUCAGAAUGUCCCCAGAAUUUGCUGGAUUUUUGGACAUGUGCAAAAAAGUCAUUGCCUGUAUUGCUAGAACUGGGAACAUUCUCUGGCCGCCCCUGCUGUAACUUGACGAAGACAAAGGCAUGUAGAGAGGCUUGUAUUAAGGCCCAGUCAGAGGCUGAUGUAGAAGCUCAGUGCAGCCACAGUACAGAAGAUGCCAAACUUUAUGAAUGUAUUGAGCGACAACGAGAUGGGGAGAAAUGCUGUGGCAAGGCGGUUGCUACAGACAGUCUCACUUGUAAAGCCACGUGCUGGAACAUGUAUUUGACAAACACGAUCACAAGCCAUGAAAGCAAGAAAACACUUCGAGAGCGUUGCACAGGCCGUAACAGGGAGGUUGUACAGUGCUUGCAGAAGCAGACUCGCACAACUCGACAGAGUAGUUACAUAGAAAGUUUACAUUGCUGCGAGAAUACAGACAAUGACACUUGUCGCAAAGUUUGUACUGAGACGUUACGCAGUGAGAGCAACCCUGAUCAGAUCAUUGAAAAGCUUAUAGUUGCAUGCGGAAGAGUUGACAUCCUUAACCCGCUGUACAAGUGUUUUCUUAUCCCCAAUUUCCCUAAUAGACCUAUUGCUGGAAUGGACUCUGCCAAACUACAUUGCUGCGAAAAGGCUGUUUCAAAAAGAUGUGGUGCACUUUGUGUAAAGACUCACAGUUGGAAGUGGGCAAGUAUUGCCAAAUUUGAAGAAACUUGUGGUUACCUUUCUUCCCCUAUGUCAACUCAGGAGAUUGAAAUGCACAGCUGCCUUAAAGAUGUUGAGCAGCCGUGUCAACUUGGAUGUCAGGGGUUACAGUAUUGUACAAACAUGAACAAUCGCCCUGCAGAACUCUUCCGUAGCUGCACUAUAGAGGCUGAUACUGCAGCAAGGGAUGAUGUACUUAUAUGGCAGAAAGGAAGAAUUAAUUUGCCUAACCUCUCCAUACCUGUCAAGGAUAUUCGUAAUUGUGAACCAGAAAUGUGGAAAGCAAUUGCUUGUACUUACCAGAUCAAGCCAUGUUCGAGAAAACCAACUCCAACACAGAUAUGUCGUGAAGAUUGUGAAUACAUUAUGAACAAAUGUGUAGACACGUCAAAACUUGAAGGACAGGCCGUAGCUGAAGUUUGUAAGAGACUACCAAUCAUUGCAAGUGGUGAAUGUAUCUCCGUAAAACCAUAUACAGUUGAAAGUCCAGUAAAUGGUAUACAGUCCGAAGUCACACAUCCAUGUAAACAGAACAGUUGCAAGCAUGAUGAAGUUUGUGUCUUAUAUCGUAGGAAAUGUAGACAUUCUGCUAAAUGCCCUCAUUACGUUUGCAGAAAAGCUUGUAAAAUGGGACAAGUUUCAAGGGUAAUGGUACCCUACAACAAGGAUGUGGUACUACCUGUGGACAAAAAUGCGGAGGAAAAUUCCAACUCCUGUCGGAGAUAUAAAGUCUGUCACUGUUCGCACACGGGCCAUCUGGGAAACUGUCACGAUAUACCGUGUGUAAGGAACAACCAUUGUGUAUUGGACACUGGAGUUAUUGAUUCUGGAGAACAUUAUACAACUGGUUGCAGUGACUGUGUCUGUCAUGGUGGCGAGAAAAUAUGUUCGCAGAGACAGUGCCCUGCAACUGCUGUAGUCAAUCAACUUGAAUUUGCAGAUGUACAGAAUUGCCAGUGCAGUAGGAAGUACAAGCCUGUUUGUGCUAGUAAUGGAAAGACAUACCCUAACCAGUGUAUAUCCAGAUGUGCCGGACAGACCCUCUUUAGCCAGGGUCCUUGUAAUGUUUACGAUCCGUGUGCUAGCAGUCCCUGUGAAACAGGAUAUAGUUGCAUAGUAAACAGACAGGUGUGCUUUGGCCAUGAAAAUAGUCCUUGCUUACAGUACAAAUGUGUUGCCAUUACGGAGUGUAAUAAACAUGAGCACGAGCCUGUGUGUGACACGCUUGACAUGGAAUACACUAAUGAUUGCUUACUGUUGUCGAAGGGCAAAAUUAUGAAGUAUAGAGGACAUUGUCAGGUCAGGCAGUGCUCUGAUACCGGCAACGUGUGCGGACAUGAUGGGGAAACAUACAUUUCAGAAUGUGCCGCCCUCGCUGCCAGAAUUACCGUAGAUUACUCUGGACCUUGCAAAACAUUUGGAUAUUCCUUGGCUACUGCUGAUGGCAUGGAUCCAACAGAAACAUUGUGUAGCAAUGUUGAGUGCCCGGCAGUGGUCCCAUCAAGUUGUCAAGGGAUAAUACCCCCCUGGUCAUGCUGUCCAAUCUGUGCUGCUGAACUACGCAUCCUGGUGAGCGAGUCUUUGGCACACAUAUCUAUAAAUGUUAAAAAGGGGCCAAUAACAUUAGAUAAGAUACUCCAUGCGCUGUCACAGAUGAUAUCAGUGUCAGAAUGUGAUGUCUUUGGUUACCUUGGUUACGAUAAUGAUAUUAUUGUACUGGUUGCCCCAGUUACAGACAAACCAACGGUUUUGCAGGCAACUGCUUGUGCGAAGGAAGCAGAAAGAUUUGAAUAUCUUAUAAAAUCUAGAAGCCCAUCAGUGACUUCAGACUUAAUAUUGACUCCGUUAUUAUAUGCCAAAUUACGAACACAUGUGAUGACAAUGACAUCUACUGCGUCAGCAUUUUAUACUCAGCCAUUGUUAGUGACCUUGACACUUCUGUUGAUACAGUUUUCUCACAGAAUUCUAGGAAUUUUGUGAUUUGUGAUUCACAAAUAUUUCUGGAGCUGGCAGAAUCUCAAGUACACCAAGAAUUCAAAGACUGGAUUAUUACAAGUGUAUCCAUGGAGAGCAUAGGAGAGCAAGCAUAAUACGGUGAUAGGAAUUUCAAAGAAUGGUAAUUUUGUUUUUGGAAAACUUAUAAUUUAUUGAUUUUUUUCUUGUAGUUGUAAAUAAUUUCAGACAUGACUUCCCCUCUAGAUCUGAAAAAAGUUUGUCAGAUUACUCUUAAAGAGAUCAAGGUUCAUGAAUAGAGGGCUUUUUCCAAUAUUUUUUAUUAAAAUAUUAAUUUGAAGUUAAGAAGAGAUCAAAUCAAAUUUUUAAGACAUUUUAAUGGAUUUUUUUGUGAAGUAUUGAUUUUUGUACACAUCUUAGUAAAUAUAAAACCAAAAGCACUUUAGAAAAUGUAUUUGAACAACUACUGUAUUGACUAUGUUAAUAAAUGCACCGUAAAAGGUUUACAAAAGAACUGAUAAAUUACAUUGAACACACUUCCACUUUUCAGUGUUAGGAGAUUGGGUUUGAAAAUUGGAGAUUUUAGAUGACAAUAUAAUGUAUAUGUAAUAUUGGUACACUGUUUAAAGAGUCAUCAAAAUGACCGGAGCAAUUAGAAAUUUUUCACAAAAUUCAAUGCUUCACAUUAAACAAGCUUUGGUCUAGAGAUAGAAAAUUGGAUGACACAGAGAAUCAUUUCAUCUGAGAUUCAUAUAGAAUCUCUUUUUUUUUCAAUUAAGUAUUUCAUAGUAUUCAUGUGACUGUGAUAUAUUGUUACCAUGGUAACUAAGUUGUAGUUGCCCCUGUCAACCAUUACCAUAGAGAGUAGUUAUGCAGCCAAAGUUAGGGCACAUUAUAGAACUGUGAUGAAUGAAAGUUACUGUUUGAAUCACUAAUUCUGUAACAGUGCUUUUUUUUAGUUUUUCUCCCAUUUUGCAAAACAAAAGUGGAGUAACGGUAAUUUCAGAGAUAUCCAAAGGUAGUUUUACUACAAGUAGUAGAAACUUUUAUUUGUAAAAAUGUGUUUUUCAUAGUGAAAAGCUGUAUCAAGUUUGAUAACCAUGAUUUUUUAAAAACAGAACUUUAAAGAUAUAUUUGUAUUUCAUUUUAAGUAACUUAAGGCUAUUUAGAAAAUAUUGUGAGGAAAAUAAACAAAUUUUUACCACCUUCCACAUUCAUCAGAUCGGUGUGCAUGUGUUAGUCAAGAAUAUGCAAAAGAUAUAGCUUUUAAGAAAACUGUUAAAGACACCUUGAAUCAUAAAUCAGAUGCUAAAUAUGAAGAUGCACUUGUCUGUAAUACUGAAUUAUGAUCUGAAAAUUUUCUCUUUAUUUUUCCUAAGACAUAAGUUUUGAUAUAAACUUAAGGAUAAUUAAAUGAGCAUGAUACUUCACAUAAUGUAGAGUUUAGAGGGUGUGAUAAAAUUUAUAAAUAGAAGUUAACUUCAGAUUUUCCAUGUUGAGAAUGGGUAAGAGGAUUGGAGGGGUAUUGGACAUGUUUUUUUGAUAUUUUAUAGACACCUUAGGAAUAAAGUGUAGUAUAAACGAGAUACAAUGUGAUAGUAUAAUAUAAUAUAGGUGCCUUUCACAAUUAAGAUGAUGAAAGAUUUCUUUGGGGUAAAAGAUAUUACUGUCAUAAAAUAUGCAUGACAUGUCUUUCAUAUUAUUUGUGAAUAGUCCAUAAUCAUUUAAAUCAUUAAUAGAACUUAAAAAAAAUGUCCUCUUAGCACUUAAUAGGACACUUGUUUCAAUCAGUUGCAUCCUCUUUGUACAUUUAUUCAAAUGCAAAUUGAGUAAGAAUAUUGAAAAAACUUGGUAAUUUUUUAGCUAAUAGUCACUGUUUUUGAACCAACUAAUACCUUUUAAAUUAAUGGAUAAUCGUCCUUGAAAUAUUGGAAAGGGUUUGUUUAGGCAUGCUAUGUCAUGAAGGAGUUGUUUUUUUUCUAGUUUCAAUUUGGCCAGUAUUAUGAAAACUAAUAUAGAGGAAUAAGUUUCUUAUAAUGUUUAAAAUUGACUUGAUAGAUCUAUAAAUUUUACAAAAAUGGCUUUACUAAGAUGAUGAUUUAAGGAAGAGAAUGGUCUGACCCAGGGUUUGAAUUUAGCCAGAUAUUUUUGCAUUUUUUUGCAAGUGGCCUUUUUUCUACUCACUAAUGAAACAACAAUUUGCAUUUACAAUCUACAACAUGUAACUUAUUGCUUCUAGGAAACCCCAAAACUCAUGUGAAAGGCUGUAACAAAUUGGCAAAUUGUUUUUCAACUAUCAUAAAUAAUUUCUUAGUACAAAUUAAAAAGAAAACAGUACUUUCGUUAAACAUUGUCAGUAUUUUUGUGGAAUAGACAUAUUUUCAAGGCAUCAGUCAAAUGCAAACAUUUGUUGAUGAUCCCAGCAUUCCAAAAAUAACAAUAUACACUGUAACAAGUGCAAUUGGUCAUAGCAAGAACACUGAUGGAGAUAGUUGAAUAAAAACCCCUGAACUUUUACUUACAAAAAAAAUGCAUGUUUGCAUAUUCUCAGCUUGCAGUCUGAAAUUAUCACCACCAUUUUGCAAGUAUGCGAGCUUAAAUUCAAACCCUGUAAAUAGCACAUUCUUGAUAUUCACUACUCAUUUUUUGCUAGAUUUAAAAAUGUCAAAAUCUGUUGCAUUGUUUGAUGAUCACUAUGGUAAUAUAAAGAAUUUGCUAAUACUGUAUAUAAAGAGCUUAAUAGAAAACUGUUUCAAAAUAUUCUUCAUUAAGUGCAAAGAAUUUCAAAAGUUUUUCCCAUCUAGUAUGAAUCUAUGAUGUUAGAAUGGGUAAUUAGUUUUAAGUUUUAGGACAGUGAUAUUUACAUGUGUUAUGAUUCUCUUACCUAACAAUGGAUACCCACCUAUAUCAUGAAAUGUAAAAAUAAAAGAUGAAUGAUUUUUAAUAUAGGUUUAUUAGAAAUUGAUAGAUUGUCUUUUCACUUUUUUAUCAGAAAAAAAGUUUAGAUUUUGUAACCAUCUUUAAAUUUAUAUAAUUAUAUUGACCAUUUUAAGAUUGUUUUGCAAAAUUAGGUUGUGCUAACUACUUGAGAAUUCAGUGCAUAGAAACAUAUGCGUUAUCAGCAUUAUAUAUGUGUAUUUUAUAUGUGUGUAUGUAUAUUUUAUGCUAUGACAGCUAGUUUUAAGCUAUGUAAACUUUGAUCAGCAUUGUUGUCUUUAUUUUGAUAGAGCUGCAUGAUUAUAAUUGAGCUGCCCCAUGAGAAAACCAACAUAGUGCGUUUGCAACCAGCAUGGAUCCAGACCAGCCUGUGCGGAUGCACACAGUCUGAUCAGAAUCCAUGCUGUUCACUUUCAAAGCCUAUUGCAGUUGGAGAAAUUGUUAGCGAACAGCAUGGCCCAAUUCUGACCAGACUGCGCGGAUGCGCAGGCUGGUCUGGAUCCAUGCUGGUCGCAUACACACUAUGUUGGUUUUCUCAUGGCGCGGCUCAUAUCUGUUUGAAGUUUUGUUAGUUACUUUUUGAACAGCGUUGAAUUAAAUUGUACCUUAAUUGAAAAGUAAUGAUGUGCCAAUGAAAAUUGCCAUCAGCUACAAAUGCAAUAAACAGUUUUCCUUUUGAAUUGCACUAGCAUUGUUUCCUAUUUGACCUUAGUAUUUCAAUGGAAAUAUAUGUGUUAGAGCCUUGGUAAAUAGAGUACACUAGAAUGAACAAUACCUUUCCCUUUAAUUUAAUUUUGCCAACAUUGUUCUGGCAUUCAUCUCGAAUAUUUAAAUGGAAAUAUGCCUAAGCACCAAGGUGACCGGAACUUGGUUGAAUAUGUGCCAGUUUAUACAGAAUAACAUGUUUGGCUACAUGUCUUCUGCCAGAAUUCAAAGUAGUUCCAUCUUUUAAAUUUCAGUAGUUCUUAUUUCAUAUUCAGAAGACUAUAAGUCUGUAAAA